CGUCAUCAACGAAAUGACGUUGUCAGUAUUUACCAUAAUACCGGAAGGAAUGAUGACAACGAGUUUGAGAAUGAAAGUAAAAUGAAAUUGCAGUUUUGGAUUCCUGUUUUUAUUUUUUUCUGCAUUUUAAAUCCAGAUUAUAUUAGCACUAAGGAACUUUCCUCUUACAUAACAAAGCAGACGCACUCCACCCUGGAAGGAUGUGCAAAGUCCUGUCUGAAGCGGGUAGAUAUCAGCUGUAAAUACUUCAAGUAUAUCAAGGCAACCCAUACGUGCUACCUCUCUUCAAAGAACAGUCCUAAUUUCAAUCUGUCUAAGAAAAAAGUUCAAAAAGUAUCAACAACGAAGCAAACUCCCAAACCAACAGUACCAACAACAACCAAAAUAACAACCACAACACCAUUAAAACCAUCGACAGUGACGUCAACAACAAAGCCAACUCUUAAAACAGCGAAACCACCCAUCAAAAGUAAACUUUAUCGCAAAUCAAAGAAGUUCCUGAAAGGCUUUAAACUAAUAGAGAACAAAAGGAAACUGAAGGAGGUGAACAACAAGCUGAAAGACAUCUCAAAUUUUGUAAAACAAAAGGAGGCUUCAGACGCAAAGCUGAAUAAAAAAUUAUCUUCCAAGGUCGGGAAGCAAGCAAAAGAACUGAGCUUGAAUAGUAAAUUUUUAAGAAAGCUCAUCUUACAUACUGCUGCCCUCAAAAAACAUUAUGCUCAACUGCAUAUUUACCAAAAAAGUCUCCGCGGAAAGAUUCAUGACGUCAUGAUGGAAAAUAGGAAAAUGUCUCAGAAACUGAAGGCACUGCAUAAAAGUAACAGCAAAUUGGCAUAUAAAAAUGCUAGGUUCCGGAAGGUGUUCCAUAAACUAUGGUUCAGCAAUAACAAAAUAUUGAAAAGAAUUUUGUUGCUUUAUAGACUUGUAAAAAGGAACCAUAAAAUGAUUCCAAAACAUCUGAAGAAAUACCUGGCAGCGCUUGCUGUUUCAGCAAUGAAGUAUGGAACCAUGAACAACCAGAUCAAGAAGAUUGUACGAGGCCUUCUUACAUUGAAAAUCACUGGGAACACCAAUACGAAAGCUGAACUUCAUAUAAUCAAACAUAUUGGUAAAAUGUCGAAGUCAAUGCAGGUGCUGAAGUUGGCAUUAACACGUUUAGCAUCCACCGUGGUGACUCAGAUCAAGUUACAGAAGAUCUCGGCAAAAAAAGCAUAUGUAAUACCAGUGUUGCUUAAAAUCCAGAAACGAAUUGCGCUGCAGUUACGAAAGAUGAGGCGAAAAAAUCAGAUAUUCUAUCGACUUUUUUCGAAAACGAUGACACAAAUCCGAAAGGAUGAAGCAGCGAAACAUGACCAGCUGACAAGAAAGAUACACACCAAAUUUUCUCAGUUAGAUCAGACUGUUCCAAAGUUACAGAAACAAGUCCGACACUUACAGAUGCUUAUGAUGAAUCAGUUGAAGUUACAGGACACUACCGCGAAGAUUGCUACUAAAACAUUCAAACUGGCAGCUAAGCAGAAGAAAAUGUCUAUGAAGCUGAAUAAGUUAAAACAGAAAAAUAAAAGCAUUCGAACUCUUUAUAAGAAAGUGAAGAACAAAAUAAAGAUGAGCCAUGUAAAGCAAAAGGGAGCAAUUAAAAAGCUCGGCAAAAAUGUACGCAAAGUGAAAAAGCGGGUUAACAGGAAGCCUACUAUAUUAGUUGGAAAAAUCCGAGAUAGACCUGGAGGCAAACGUUAUGACAUAGUGCAUCUAAAUAACAUAAGAAAAAAAUGACAAAAAGAAAACCAUACAAUAUUUGAAUAUAUAAAUAUUGUUAUAAACCAUUUUAAAUCAAUAUAGAUACUGUUAUUAAAUUAUCUUAUAUCAACAUA